UUAGUAUAUGAACAUAAGUUUGAUUUUUUGAUAUUCGCGGUCGGAGGUAUUUAAAGAACAGAACCCUAGAGAUAAUGACCGAAUGUAUAAUUACGGAGUCUAAACGGAUUAGACCCGUGGCUAAUUGUGCCAGGAACAGAAGAGAGCGAAAAAUGGAGGGGACUCUGACGACCGCCACUCUCUGUGCGGCUAUACUUCUGAUUGUGCUGGUCACUCGGGUUUAUGAGAGUACCGCCAGUGCAAACCCACCAGAUGAUCCCCCUUUCUCAUAUUGGCGCAAAGGAUAUUCGGGACAUGGCACCUCUCACGAGCAAAUGGGGGUACUGCACUUUCCCAGUAUUGAAUACUCAAGGUUCGAGCCUUCAAUGAAUUACUCCAAGAGACAGAAUGUCACAAAAAUGUGGGUGGAUAUUGUUUUCAAAUUUUCGCGAACCUUUUUUGACAAAAUGUUUCCACUUGAUCCGACCAUGCCAAGAGGCUUCAUAACGGACUUCGGUAACGACAACAUGAGGUUGGGGCCGAAAGUUAUAAAGGAUGAUUGGGCGGGUUGGUUAAACGCAUUUUGGCUUAUGUGGUUUUGGAUAUUCUUUUUGGUUGUUGUGAUUAUCCUGGCACCCUUUGUAGGUGUUGUGUAUUUCUGCUUAUGUUGCCAUCGCUGUUCGCUGGGAUGUCCAGCUUGCCAUUCGGGUUCAAAUAUGAGGAAAACUCUUCUUUGGAGCACCUGCUUGAUUAUGAUCCUUCCAUUAAUCGCUGGUAGUAUGGUCCUGGCCGUCCUCUCAAAUGGCAUGCUAGAGCGCGGCCUAGAAAACACUAAAAAGACUCUUGAAAUGGGUAGCAUAGACACUUGCAACUUUCUGAAGGAUGUCAGCGAUCAUGUUCAUCAUUUGUUUGUGAAAAACUAUGAGGAGCUGUCGACACAUCUGAUCAGUACUAUCAUGGAUGCACCGAAACAUUUGUUUAGGGACUUAAGCGAUGUCGCAGAGGGUAAUUCCAUUGCGGAACUAGCCGGACAUAUCUCUUAUCUUUCAUUUUAUAACACCACUAGGUAUUUGGUAUUUCUUAGUGAAGCAACAUAUGUUGGUGUGGAUUAUGCAAAUAAACUAAGAAAUGGUCUCCGGGCAAUAAAGCGCGACAUUAACUAUGCGGCGGUGGUUCUCUGUGGCAGUUUUGAAUGCAUGAAGUUUCUGCAAACCUCAGGAAUUGAGUUUGUGGAUACAAGCAGAUGCCUACACUUGGAUGAGUGGCCCGAUGCGGUAGCAAUGCAUGAUGAUCUGAUUGAAUUCCAAAAAACGAUUGGGACUCGACACAAAAAAUGGCUGCCGCGUCUCCGUGUUGUUAGUCAAAAGAUUAAGGACGAGUUGGAACGAGUCUCACCACCAAUAAUUCGAGACAUUCGUAAGGCAAGGCUGAUUUUAGCUGAGGAGUCGAGGAGAAUAGAAGAAAUAAUUGAUGUGGUCAUAAGUGACAUUUAUCUUGCCACUUUACGUGCGAGCAGGGCGUUUGAGGAUCUUUACGAUAAAUUUAAUGAAACACGCAACUUUGUCGUUCAAUAUAUAUCUGUAGCUCUCUUUGUGAUACUGUCAGUCCUGAUUGUGGCUUUGGUUAUCGGAUGUCUGGCAAAACGUCCCACCGGAGCGAGCAAUGAGUAUUUCACUACAAAGAUGGCAUCGUACAUUUUGAUACUAGGCAUGGUUUUGAUAUUUUGUGCGAUAUCCGUCAUGCUGAUAGUGGUGCUUUUUUAUUUUGUGAUUGGUGGUGUGGCGUACAAAGGCGCAUGUGCACCACUGAGCGAACUGAAGUCGAGUGCGCUUUUAAAAAACCUAGACUCAGAGAUCGAUCUCCGAACGAUGUUUUCUUUCCGGAAUGUGGAUGUACGAGCUGCCAAUAAAUCAAGCAAGCCAAUCAGAGCAUCGAGUGUUGUCAAGGCGUGCCAAGGCGACGACUAUUUCUUUACAUUUCUGCAAGAUAAUAAAAUCUUUGACAUAGACGAUUUUCUUCGACUGAAGCUAGUGACAGUCGGGGAAAGGAAAUUUGAUCAAAAUUUAGAUUUGUCAAAGGAAUUUAUACUGACGGAUGCUGACCGAGAUGUAUUUUUAGUCUCCCUUGAGGAAACAACUUUAGGAUUGUUUCAGAGGCAAAACUGGAUGGAUUUAGUUUGUCCACGUCUCGACAGGUUGAAACUAAAUGAGCUCGGGGAGAGUUUCACCGCUUUUGGGCAGUCGCUAUCGUGGAGUAACUUUGCUGCCGCCUCUGUAGCUUUCCAAAACGCGCAUGUUAGCCUCAAGUCAAUCAAACAUAAGUAUUAUCCCGAAGUACAAAGAGUAUUUUAUUGGGUAGAUAUAAAUACAAUUUGGCUGCAGUAUUAUUUUGUCCACCAAAAUUACAACCUUGCCGAUUCCAUGAAAAUAUUAAGACAGAGAAUAAUUGAUGUUGAGGAAUUUAUACAAAAUAGAGGAACGAAAUUUAUUUCUUCUCUUGGCAAAAACUUAACCGAGACUAUUGAUAAUCAACUCAAGGACUAUCUCAGAAUGAUAAUCAGGGAGGCUAAGACAAAGAUCGGUCGCUGCAAACCUCUGACCUACAUAUACGAUCGCGGCCUUGACUUGGUUUGCAAACGCAUGGUUGACCCCAUAAACGGCUAUUGGAUAAGUGUAUCAGUGGCGGCGUUCCUUCUGCUGCCCGUGCUCUUUAUAGCUCAUCGUCUACAGUGUCUGUUUAAGCAACACAGGCUAAUUCGGAUAAGGGCCAUAAGGGCCAUAAGGCCACGGGUUGAGGAGUCAGAUGAUGAAAACCCAUGUCCCUAUUGCAAUGCAGGUGCGAAUAGGAUUCCAGGCGGAAACGUUGUCUGCAUUGGUCUGGACGAUGCAGAAACUACAAUUUUUGAUGAGCAGAACACGAUCGAAGAAACACUGAAUAUCAACGAUGCAGACAGAAAAAAUAAGGUGGACUAGUGAUAAAUGAAUAAAUAAGAAAUCCGAGAUAUUUUAAUCAGCAAAGGGUUUUGCUGGUGAGCCAAGUUCCACUUAGCUUGAAUGAGGAGGUGGGGGCUCGGGCCUACUUCCCAUUACGCAUUGGUCACCCAAAUAAAUGAUUAAGACUUGGUUUCUUCGAGGAGAUUUCUUCAGCUCUA